UAGUCACUGUCGGACCGGCUUCUAGAGCGAUUCUGUUCACAUUCGUGGUUAAAUUUUUUAUCUUUAUUUCUGUGUUCAUUCUCAACACACCUUGAUGUUUAUUCUCUGUGCAGUUGUUGUUGUUUUAAUGUCUUUCCUCGGAUUUUCCCUGAGUGUGUCUAUUUAAAGAUUUUCUCAAUUUUAUGUGUUUGUAUUUCUGGCUUUUUUUAUUAUUAGUGUAUAAAUGAUUUCUCGUGGUUUAGUGGUCUGUACUUUAUGGGAGUUUAACCCUUUCUUUUGAAUAUAAAUCGCUAUAAAGAGGCGAACUGAAUUGAUGAAAAAAAAAGAAGCAUUUUCCACCGCAUACAGAAAAGGACUCUUCGUGAGACUUAUUGAUUUUCCAUCUACCCUACCCUACUGCUUUCCGGGGAAAUUCGCCCGAAGGAAUUAAAUAGCGCCCUUGAAUCUCUCAUUCCCUUCCUCACAAAUAAGCAAGGGGUAUAUAUAUUUAUAUACAUUUUUUUUAGCUCAAUAUGUACAUUCUGUGUGAGGGUAAAGUCUUUUUGGGUUCUUUGGGAUGACUCAUCAUUGAUUUUUCACCCUGACUACCCCACUGGAUACCCCAUUUGCCGGGUUAUUGACUCAUAAAAGACUAUAUGUAAAAAAAAAAUGUUGAAUGUUGAUUCAUUUUUCAUAAUUUCCUUCCUUUUUUACAAAAAUUCUGCAUUCCCUGCAAUUUUUGUUGUUGUUGCACACACACCUGCAAUCACCCCAUAAUCUAUGUAUGGUUACCACCACGUGACAAUGAAAAUGUACUGCAAUUUAUAUUAUACGGAAAGCCCCGCUUUUUUUUCGUCUCUGUGUGUGACGAUGUAGUAAAUUAAUUUACUAUUGUGGUGUGACUCACCUUCACUCGUUGGGAGAAGCCAAGAAUUUUUUCUCUGUUGUUUGUGAUGUAUUUAACAAUAAUGUGUUUGUUAUCAGGCAAAUGGGGCUUUUUUUCCACAGAAUAAGAGCUUCUCAAAAUUCAGAGGAAAUCACAGCCAAUACGGCUUUUAAUGAGCUUUUCGUGGAAAGUGUUAAGUACAAAAUGUUUUUUUUUGCCUUUAAGUGCGCAGCAAAGGAUGAAAUGCACAGAAAAAAAUUAAGCGUGCGUUUUCUGAUUUAUUUUAAUAGUUAAACUUACUCGCAAAAAAUAUAGUUUAAACGACAAUAAAUAAAUUAUUUCGCCAUGCAGAUAGAGUGAAGGUUAAAAUAGAUUUGUAUUUGGGUGUUUUCGAUGGGUGUUGUAUAGAGUUGUGUGUUUCAGUCAUUGUUAAUUGUUAAUUCAAUAUUUGUACAUUAGUUAGGGCUUCAUUUUAAUCACUCAUUUUAUCGUUUUUUUUAAUCUAUUUUGCAGAAUUCAAAAAAAAAUCUUAUCCACGCCUGCAAUUUUUUUUACACACAAAAAAAUCUCUCACUCAGAGCUUGCGAUUUUCUUCUUGUCGGUUUAUCAUAAGUAUAUAAUGUUUAGAGGCUCUUGGGUGCUUUUGUACAAAAGUCUUUGUUGAACAAAAUAAAUUCAGCUCGUCUCUAAGCGUGUCUUGAAAUAUACAUGAAUAGAAUUAAAAUUUCAAGUUUUGAGUGUUUUUUUUGUCUUGUCUUCAGUGUCGAUUUAACACAUUGUUGAACAGGAAGAGACUUGAAAAUCUCUUUUGUGGAGACUCUGUGAAUUUUUCUGUGUCUUGAGAGAAUUUUACAGAUAUUAUAUGUUUUGCAUUGCGCCACGCCAUUGAAAAUUUUUUUUAUACAGAACAUUCUUCUUCUUUAUUAUUCGUUUUGAAUGAAUUAGAGUGUGUAAAUGUGAAAUCCUGAGGGAAGAAAAAAGAACAAUUUGAGUAAAAAAACGUGGUGAAUUUAGAUGUUUUGUCCAUCGAGUGAUACAAUCCAGACUAUUACGGAAAAAACAAAAUUAAUUGCACAAAAAUGUUCCCACCAAAUACUCGCAGCAGCACAUCAAGCUACCACCCGGGAUGAUCAAGAUCUUCUUCUUUUGAAAGACAAUAUUGGGUUUCGGUGCUUUUGUCCAUGCAAAGCAUCAAUUCGUCUACCAAAGAGGAAUGCCCCCGAAAGGACUACCAAGUGGUAUGUGAAGCAGCCCACGUGGCGAUUAUGGGGUGAGGAACGUGAGAAGGAUGCCAUUUUUACGGUGUACCUCAAGAAGGUGCGCUACCACCGGCCAACACCAAGUGCAAGUAGUCAGCAAGAUUCUGAUGAUGAGAUUUCCCAUUUGGAGUGGGAAACAGUUCGGGUGCGUUUUAUUAAGGCAGCCACCCUACCGCGUCUUGUGGAAGCUCUCGCAACGGACGAUGGAGAGCUGGAGAGUACCUUCAUUAAUGUCUUCAUGGCCACAUAUCGCACCUUUACGCAGCCCGAGAAAGUGUUGGAGCUGCUCCUAGCACGCUAUGAACGUCUCCAUGCGGAACUCCUGCAUUCCGAUACGGUGUCAGCAGAGCACAAGAAGAGCCUAAUUUCGGCCCUGCAUGUGUGGCUCGAUGGAUACCCCGAAGAUUGGGAUUCGAGCACUCUGCAGCGCUUGUUGACGUUCACAGCGAAGCGCCUACCCAAUUCCGAGGUUCACAUGAAGGCUGCUCUGCGUCUCGAUCGGCUGGCACGGACAAAGAAUAACCAUCCAAUACGAUCGUGGUCGUCACAGGAUGGAUUGGAUCUUACAGAUCAAUUUGGGGGGCUGUGCCUAACUCCUGCCUUCAGAGUUCCUCAGUUGCACAUUUUGCACUCAUACAGAUUCCCUCAUGUGCCCGUGAAGCACUUUGCUGAGCAACUCACAAGAAUGGACAUGGAAUUGUUCAAGCGCUUGGUGCCACAUCAGUGCCUGGGGGCGAUUUGGUCACGAAAGGAUAAGCAGGAGUCGAAUACAGUGUUAGCUACAGUCACACAGUUCAAUGCUGUCUCCUUUCGUGUCAUUUCGAGUGUUCUAGUCGAACCGAGACUGAAGCCACAGGAGCGAGCUCAGAUAAUUGCCACAUGGAUUGACAUUGCUCAGGAAUUGAGAAUUCUAAAGAAUUUCUCAUCACUGAAGGCAAUUGUGUCGGGACUGCAGUCAAAUGCAAUUUAUCGGCUGACAAAAACAUGGGCAGCUUUGGUGAGGGAGAAAUUGGAGCUUUUUAAUGAGCUUGCACGGAUAUUCUCAGAGGAUAACAAUGCCUGUGCUCAGCGGGAAGUUCUAAUGCGUGAGGGUACGGCAAAGUUUGCUGAUACAGCUGGACAGAAUGACAGGCACCUCCAGAAGGUGUUCCAGAAGCAGAAUACCCACAUUAGUCAUGGGACAAUUCCCUACUUGGGUACCUUCCUCACGGAUCUCACGAUGAUUCAUGCUGCCAUUCCCGAUACAAUUGGUGAUGGCCUAAUAAAUUUUGAUAAACGUAGGAAGGAAUUUGAGGUACUUGCGCAGAUUAAGCUACUCCAGGGUGCUGCCAAUGCUUACCACCUACCUGAGGAUUCACUCUUUGAUCGUUGGUUCGCCUCUUUGCUUGUUCUCGAUGAGAAGGAGGCACACAACCUUUCGUGCCUCCUUGAACCACCCACUGAGGUGAAGAAGGUGACACAGGGUCACAAGAAAAGUGAUUCAAUUGCUUCCAAUUCAAGUUCCGGAGCAGGAUCCCAGUUUUACUGUGAUUUCAAUAAUUCCACUCCUAGUUCUCGAAACAACUCCCUGGACAGAGAUGCGACUCCACCGAAUGCAUCGAUAAUGUCAGCUGCCAGCAGUACGUCGUCACUUUCGUUGGAGUCUUCGAGCACAUCGAGUGGGCAGCAGCACCAGAAGAAUCAGUCGAAUCAAACCAAAGUGUCCCAUAUUAAUGCCCAAUUGGUGCAAAAUUCCCCAAUGAAGAAUCCCUCUCCUGACUUUUACAUUAUCCGUGUGACGUAUGAAACGGAAAAUGUGGAGCUGGAUGGGAUUGUUCUGUACAAAAGUAUUAUGUUGGGCAAUAAUGAGCGAACACCCCAAGUCAUCCGGAAUGCCAUGAUGAAGUUAACCCUUGAGGGUGAUCCUGAUCGCUAUACACUGGCUCAAGUGCUCCCGGAUAGGGAACUCGUGAUGCCAGCCAGUGCUAAUGUCUACUAUGCCGUCAAUACGGCGCACAAUCUCAAUUUUAUCUUACGCCCCAAGAAGGAGGAUACCACGUGAUCCAUCAAACACACACGUAGUGUCCGUGAAAGUACUUAAGGGAAAAACCCUAAAAAAAAAAGAAGAGAAAAAAACAUUUAUUUGCAAAAUAAAAGAGACUUCCCCCGCAUUUGUGGGUGGAAAAAAUACUCAAAAGUGCAAAAGUGACAAAUUAAAUGACUAAAAGUAAUAAUAAUAAAGUUAAUAUACCUAAUAUUGUAAGAUUUACAUUUUACACAUAAAAAUGAACAUUGCACCUUAAUUGUUAUCUUUUUUUUUGUAAAAAUCACUAUUUAUGACUUUUUUUUUAAUAAUAAAGAAAA